AGGAGCUUCCGAAGGUUGAGGCCGCAGCGAGGAUCGAAGCUCAUCCAUGGCGGCCCGAAGGAAGUCCUCCUCGAUCACUGCGAAGCCACCUCAAAUCUCGGAACCGAAUGAAGCCCCGAAACCGAAAGCUUCCAGUGCCGAUGAUCCCCCGCUGCGGCCGCCGAAGCUAGGGUUGAUCGUGCCCUUAUCUGCCCUCUUUUUCAUCCCCUUCUUUGGCUUCCUCUACUUCUACUACGAUGUCGAGCCGUCACUCCGGCGCUCCAUCGCCAUUAAUGCUGCAAUGAGUCUCGCGGGUUUUGUAGUUGUUGUUCGGAUGAUCCCCGUGGCUGCCAAAUAUGUGUCCAGGAGGAGCUUGUUUGGGUACGAUAUCAACAAGAAGGGCACUCCCCAGGGUUCGAUCAAAGUGCCUGAAUCAUUGGGUAUUGUAAUUGGGAUUGUCUACUUGGUCAUUGCUAUUGUAUUCCAGCAUUUCAACUUCACAUCAGACUCAAAUUGGCUUGUUGAGUACAAUGCAGCAUUAGCAUCUAUCUGUUUCAUGCUUUUGCUUGGAUUUGUUGAUGAUGUUCUUGACAUACCAUGGAGAAUAAAGUUAGUACUGCCCUCCUUUGCAGCACUUCCUUUGUUGAUGGCGUAUGCUGGGCAUACUGCGAUUAUUAUACCAAAGCCUCUAAUUCCAUAUGUUGGGGUGGCAGUAUUGGAUCUUGGAUGGAUUUAUAAGUUAUACAUGGGUUUGCUAGCUGUUUUUUGCACAAAUGCUAUCAAUAUUCACGCUGGAUUAAAUGGACUGGAAGUUGGACAAACAGUUGUUAUCUCUGCUGCGAUUUUAAUACAUAAUUUGAUGCAAAUUGGUGCCUCUGGAGACCCUGAAUAUCAGCAGGCUCAUGCAUUUUCUAUAUACCUUGUCCAACCAUUGUUGACCACUUCAUUGGCAUUACUUUCAUUUAACUGGUAUCCUUCUUCAGUUUUUGUUGGUGACACCUACACUUACUUCGCUGGAAUGGCUAUGGCUGUAGUUGGAAUACUAGGCCAUUUUAGUGAGACACUACUGCUUUUCUUUUUGCCACAAGUUCUAAACUUCCUCUACUCAUGUCCUCAGCUCUUUAAGAUCAUUCCCUGCCCCAGGCAUCGCUUGCCAAGAUUCGAUCCUCAAACGGGACUUUUGACUGGAACUAAAGACGGUACUCUUGUAAACCUCUUCCUCCGGUUAUUUGGUCGGUGCACAGAGAAAUCUCUUUGCAUCAGACUUCUAGUUUUUCAGGCCUUGUCAUGUGUGCUGUGCUUCUGGCUGAGGUAUGUACUCGCUGGCUGGUACAAAUGAAGACGUGAAUGACCUAAAAUGCCUAGCUCGAGUCAUUCAACACAAAUUUAUACUCAAAUGUAUCGAGAUUUUUGUAUGUCAUUCACCAUCUAGUUGGAAGCUGAUGCGUAGUUUUCGAAAGGAUGUUUAUGGAUACUUCCAUGAUGUUCCAAUUCCGUGAGAUUUUAAUUAAAGAGUCAUUUACAGGUCAAA